ACGUCUACUGGUUAUUCAUUAAGUUUUCAAUCUAUAGAUUAUCAAAUUUUGUGUUGGUUGCAAGGUUGUUUAUCACAUGAAAUCCAAAAAUGAAAUUUGCAAUCAUUCUUGACACCUAAGAUCAAAUAGUGUGGUCGCCUUAUUAAAUUUUUAUGAGUAAAUUUCCUUGCAUGAUUUAUGUUUUUUAUUUUUAGUAAUGAUAGUCAAUAAAUCGGGUUAGCAUGUUGAAAAUUAUACGAGUAUGAUUCCAGCAACUAAAUCAUUCAAAAUUUUUAUGGUAUUAAAUAAAACAUGUCUUGAUGUGGACAAUUACUAAAAUUAAUACUACUAAUAAAAUUCAUCGGACCAAUGGACGGGCCCUAAUCUAGUUUUAGUUAAGGAAUUUUCCCCGGUUUUGGAUUAGAGAAAUGGAAUUAGAUGUGAGUUAAUAUAUAUUUAAAAUAAUAUUUUUAUUUAAAUAUUAAUAAUCAAGCACUAAUAAUUCGUAAUAGAUUUUUGAAGAAAAAAAAAAGAAUCACGGGCGCCGUUCGACACCGGGUUUCGGAGCGACUGCCGCCGUACGAAGCGGCCGCUCGAAGAGACCCCCAUCAUACGAAGUCGGAUUUCGGCCAUGUUCCCGUUGUACGAAGCAGAAGUUCGUACCCAGCCCCACCUUCCGAAGCCCGCUUUCGGACCCAGCCCCGUCGUCCGAAACUUGCUUUCGGACCGUCUCCUGUGUUACGAAUCCGAUGUUCGUACCCUUCUGUCCGACGGCGGUAACCAACACCGCGAAAUAGGCUCCGCGUUUCUUGUCUUCGGCGACGAUCUCUAUUUCCGGCGACCUCUACCUCUGGUGAGCAGCAGCAGCUUUAGCCGUAGAGGAGGCAGAGAGCAGCGAGGGAGCGGGUUAUGAGAGGGAAUCAGGUUUUGGGAGGGAGGGGGAGGACUGGCUCCGCCUUUUGGGCCGGCGAUGUCUUUUCCGGUGAGCAGUAGUAGCUUUCAGCAGCAGAGGAUGCAGAGAGCGGCGGGGAAAGCGGAUUUUGGGGGUUAGGAUUAGGGUUUAAACCAUGAGAGUAAAUUUGUCUACGUUCAUAAAUAGGUGGGUGGCCAAUAGUAAAUAUGUGGGCGGCAAAUAGAAUUCUCAAAACUCUCCAGAAACCCUCUUCCCAAGUUAGUUCCCCCGCCGCCAGCACCCUCACCAGCAAAUAACUCCCCACCGCCAUCAUUUUCCCCAACCGCCCAUCCUAUUUUAAUUCUCACCGCAAGCCGAGAGGAGAACGAGAAAAGCAACAGCCUACGAGAGCAUCCACCAACGAGUUAAAGUAUCUGCAUUUGAGAGGUGAGUGUAAAAGGGGUAAAUUCUACGUCUUACGUACUUUUCUAAUAUUUGCCUUAUGUGUUUAAGAAGUUGUUUUAUGUGAAAUUGUGUGCUUGAUUAUGUUUAUUAUUGAUUAUUUGUGUUUUUUUUUAGCUAUGAUUUGAUGUGAUUUUUUGUUAUUUACCUUAAAGCUUUACGCUAAUUAUGCGUGAUUGUUAAAGUUUAAGAAGAAACAAGUUUUUUUUUUAAGUAUUUCACUUUAAAGAAGGUGAAACCGUUUUAAGAGUUAAUAGUCACUAGCGCCAGUCCGUUGCCAUUUGAGAUUUUGAGAUAGAGCAGCAGUUAUGCUCUUGAGACUUUUAAGAUGAGCAUCAGUUAUGCUCUUGAGAUACUUUGAGAUGAGCAGCAGUUAUGCUCUUGAGAAUCGUGGAAGAAGAGCCUUCCACGAUAAGUUUAAGAAAAGCCUGGAUGGGCU